AUAUUUUAUAUAUAUAUAUUAUAAUAUGACAGUAUUUAUUUAUUGUGAAAUAAGUUGAAUUUCGACGAUGUUUCUAUCAAUCGUUUGACCAAUUGUUUAUCUUAGAGAGGUUAGUUUACAAAUAAUAAUAAAAAGAAGAAUAAAACAUGCGUUUUUUAAAUAAUUUUUUAACAACGAGAUGUAUACACACGUGUACACCAUUAUUAAGAGAAAAACCGACAAAUUUAAAAGGCAAAAAACAUAGUUCACAAUUGUGGUUAGAAAGACAAUUACGUGAUCCUUAUGUUGAAAAAGCUAAACAAGAGAACUACAGAUGUAGAAGUGCUUUUAAAUUAAUAGAAAUCAAUGACAGAAAAAAGAUAUUUAAUUUCGGAGAUACCGUUGUAGAUUGUGGUGCUUCUCCUGGUAGCUGGACACAGGUUGCUGUUAAUUUAACCAAUGCCAAUGGUAAAAAGGAUGGUCCUGUUGGUAAAGUUAUUGGAAUAGAUAAACUUCCAAUAUAUCCUAUAGAAGGUGCAACUGUUAUUGGACAGAUGGAUUUUACUAAAUCAGAGGCACGCCAAAAGUUGCAUGAAUUAUUAAACCAAACUAAAGCCAAUGUUGUUUUAUCCGACAUGGCACCUAACGCUACAGGUGUACGAGAACUGGAUCAUGAAAAUAUAAUGAAAUUGGCAUAUUGCGCUUUAAAAUUUGCUCUUCAAGUUUUAUGUAAAGAUGGUGUAUUUGUUACUAAAAUUUGGGAUGGAUCUCAGACGACACAAUUCUAUAAAGAUUUAAAUAAAUUUUAUACAAACAUUAAAAUGUUUAGACCUAAUGCAACGCGCAGUGAAUCCAGUGAAACAUAUCUAAUAGCUAAAGGUUUCAAAGGAUUAAAAGUAUCAUCUCUCCAAUAGUUGAAAUAAUAAAACAUGGUGUGGAUAUUUAAGGAAAUGAUAGAACAAAACAGCAAUGAUUCUUUGUUCGAAUAAUAUCGUCUUAUAUCUUUUUAUAUGCAAUUGUUUCUUCUACGCAUCGAUACAAUUGAUUGUAUUCUUAAAGAAAUACAUUUAGUUUACAAUAAACGUAUGAUAGAAUAUAUAUAAUAUACAUUGUUUAUAUAUAUAUAUAUAUA